CUCUCAACUCUCUCUCCCCUCCCUCCCUCCCUCCCUCUCUCUCUCUGCGAUUUGUUCGCUAUUCGUGGUCCCUCUCACUGGCUCCUCUGCCUCGUCGAUCCCACCCGUUUCAAUAGGACAAGAGCCCUAGCUUUUCUUGAUUUUGCGCCAGAGCAAAAGCCGAUCUGGUUUAUCAUCGUCAUCAAUGUUAAUAACUCAGGGUGCUGAGAUCUGAUUGAUUGUCCUGAUCGUCCGCAGAGACUCUGCCAUUUCCUUCAUGAUUUCGUUUUCAGUGCAUUGAUAGACUACCUCCUCCAGAAAUCUCGAGACGAUAAAAGCCUUUUAUUGGUCAUCUGUCGAGUUUUGGCUCAUCUUGGCUGCUGUCCUUGCUCGGGUUGGAUCAGGGAUUUUUGUCAUCAUUGAAGCUCUGUGGGCCUUACCCUGUUAUCAGAAGGCUAUCUAUCGCUUCUGCCUGUGAAAUUGAAGUUUCAAGGGUUGCGUUACUCUCGCCUGAAAAGAAAGGCCCCAUUUCAGAGCUCAGAUUGCGUCUGUUUUGAUCCUUAUUUGGUGUAAAAAACGUCACCGUCGGAUUUCAUAUAUGCUUAAAUGGGAAAAUAUGUGAUCUUGGGUCGCCUACGGUGGCUAAAGGAAGCUGGAAUCCCCGUAGCUGGCUUUGUAUUCUGAAGGGAUUCGGUUUGUUUUCAGUCCCUGUUCAUAGAGAAUAAAAUUUAGCGAAUUUGUGCCCGAAAUAUUCCAAUGUGGACAGCGGAGGAUUAUUUAUGACUUCUGGCCAGCUAUUGGAGUCGCCAUCAGAUGCUUCUUUUGUUCCUGUAACUCGACCUCUAUCGCACAAGUUUAACUCCUUCAGCUGUCUCUGCUCCAAUGCCUCCUACAAGUCUUCCCUUUCUGACGACAGCCAAAACCCUAUUUUAGACUCCAAGGACAAAGAGGAAGAAGUUGUCUUUGUUACAGACUCCAGUUUUCGGCUGAGAUCCCUUGGAAGGUCUGCUUCCCUUUCAGAGAAGAAUCAGUUCCAUUCUGUUGGGUCUCAGUUCUACCAGGAGUCUUCAUUGGAAUGCCCCACGCUAGAGCGGAGACGCCUGGUAUCGUGGGGCUCAAUGGAACGGCAUAACAAUGGCCACAAGGAUGCCUCUACAGUUGAACUUUCUAAGGCUUCAUCACUGGUGCACGAAAAGUUAAACAAUAAGUCUCAAAGGGUGCGACACAAAAGUGUGCAGUUUGAUGAUAGCUUUUUGUAUGAAGGAAAUGCCCGGUUGAUCUAUAUUAAUGAUCCGAGGAGAACAAAUGACAAGUAUGAGUUCACUGGAAAUGAGAUCCGGACGAGCAAGUACACGCUAAUAACAUUCUUGCCCAAGAAUCUUUUCAUUCAGUUCCAUCGUGUUGCUUAUUUGUAUUUUCUGGCCAUUGCCGCUCUCAACCAGCUUCCGCCUCUUGCUGUCUUCGGGAGAACUGUGUCCCUCUUCCCCCUCUUGUUCGUGCUUUCUGUCACUGCAAUUAAAGAUGGCUAUGAGGACUGGCGAAGGCAUAGAUCUGACCGAAAUGAGAACAACCGUGAGGCUUUAGUUCUUCAAUCUGGCGAGUUUCAACCGAAAAAAUGGAACAAGAUCCGAGCUGGUGAGGUUGUGAAGGUCUGUGCCAAUGACUCUAUUCCUUGUGACAUGGUUCUGUUAGGAACAAGUGACCCCAGUGGGAUUGCUUAUAUUCAGACAAUGAAUCUGGAUGGGGAGUCAAAUUUAAAGACACGGUAUGCCAGGCAGGAAACAGCCUCUGCAGUACUUGAAGGUCUUACAGUAUCAGGGCUAAUAAGAUGCGAGCAACCUAAUAGGAAUAUUUACGAGUUCACCGCGAACAUGGAGGUUAAUGGAGUCAAAUUUCCUCUAAGCCAAUCAAACAUUGUUUUGCGGGGUUGUCAGCUGAAGAAUACCAACUGGAUAAUUGGUGUUGUGGUGUACGCUGGACAGGAAACAAAAGCAAUGUUGAACAGUGCAGCAUCUCCUUCCAAGAGAAGCAAACUGGAAAUUUACAUGAAUCGAGAAACACUGUGGUUGUCAAUUUUUCUCUUCCUCAUGUGCCUGGUUGUGGGACUUGGAAUGGGCCUUUGGCUCCAUCGUCAUAACGAAGAGCUUGAUACCUUGCCUUAUUACAGGAAAAUAUACUUCAAUCUGGGGAAGGAAAAUGGAAAAACCUACAGAUAUUAUGGUAUUCCCAUGGAAACUUUUUUCUCUUUCUUGAGCUCAAUAAUAGUGUUUCAGAUAAUGAUACCAAUAUCUCUAUACAUUACAAUGGAGCUGGUUCGGUUGGGACAGUCAUAUUUUAUGAUUGAAGAUAAGCAUAUGUAUGACAGCGAAUCUGGGUCGAGGUUUCAGUGCAGAUCAUUGAAUAUAAAUGAGGAUCUGGGUCAGAUACGCUACGUAUUUUCAGACAAAACAGGGACCCUCACAGAGAACAAGAUGGAAUUCCGAAGAGCAAGCGUAUAUGGGAAGACCUAUGGAAACACUUUAAGGGAAGAGAGCAUUGCAGCCCCUAGAGGUAUAAGGAGGUGGAAACUUAAAUCCGACAUUGCUAUUGACUCUGAACUCAUGGAGCUUUUGCACAAAAGCUUAGCUGGGGAUGAAAGGAUUGCCGCACAUGAGUUUUUUCUGACACUAGCUGCUUGUAACACUGUGAUCCCAAUUCGUACUAAUGUUGCAUCUUCAAGUUGCACAAAUAUAGAAGGGAAUGAGGAUGCAGAAACUAUUGAUUAUCAGGGCGAAUCUCCCGAUGAGCAAGCACUGGUUGCUGCUGCUUCUGCUUAUGGAUAUACUCUCUUUGAACGCACAUCUGGGCAUGUUGUGAUUGACGUCAAUGGUGAGAAGUUAAGGUUGGAUGUAUUGGGCCUGCAUGAGUUUGAUAGCGUGCGCAAAAGAAUGUCCGUGGUCAUCAGAUUUCCUAAUGAUGCCGUGAAGGUUUUGGUGAAAGGCGCUGAUACUUCAAUGUUCAGCAUUUUAUCAGAAGAAUCUCUGAGGAAUGAUCGUAUAAGGCAUCCAACACAGAAUCAUUUAAGUGAGUAUUCCUCAGAAGGCUUGCGCACACUUGUGGUUGCUGCAAGGGAUCUUGCAGAUGAUGAACUCGAGCAAUGGCAAUGCAGGUACGAAGAUGCCAGCACCUCUUUAACAGAUAGAGCAGUAAAACUUCGUCAAACAGCGGUUCUUAUAGAAUCCAACUUAAAUUUACUGGGAGCAACUGGUAUAGAGGAUAAGUUGCAAGAUGGUGUACCAGAAGCCAUUGAGUCCCUCCGGCAAGCCGGAAUGAAGGUCUGGGUUCUUACUGGAGAUAAGCAGGAGACAGCAAUCUCAAUCGGCCUCUCGUCAAAACUAUUGACUGCUGAUAUGCAGCAGAUUAUUAUAAAUGGCAAUUCGGAGGAUGAUUGCAGAAAUCUCUUGGUUGAUGCCAAAGCCAAACAUGGCAUAAAGACAUCUAAUAGAAGAAAUUUGAACACAAAAUGCAAAAAGAACACUGAAAACAACUACCCUGAGGUAGCUGAUGAUGGAAAGCCUUCUGAUUCAUCUACAUGGGAUUCAGUAGCCAAGGCAGGAACGAUGAAUCUGCCGCUAGCACUUAUAAUAGAUGGGAAUAGUUUGGUUUACAUUUUGGAGAAAGAUCUGGAGUCAGAUCUUUUCGACCUUGCAACAUCCUGUAGAGUUGUGCUAUGCUGUCGUGUUGCACCAUUGCAGAAGGCUGGAAUCGUUGAUUUGAUUAAGAGCCGCACAGAUGAUAUGACAUUGGCCAUUGGUGAUGGAGCAAACGAUGUUUCGAUGAUACAAAUGGCAGAUGUUGGUGUGGGAAUAUGUGGUCAGGAAGGGCGUCAAGCAGUGAUGGCAUCUGAUUUUGCCAUGGGACAAUUUCGGUUCCUUAAAAGACUACUUUUGGUGCAUGGGCACUGGAAUUAUCAGCGUGUUGGCUAUUUGGUUCUGUACAAUUUCUACAGAAAUGCUGUUUUUGUACUGAUGCUUUUCUGGUAUAUAUUAUGCACAGCCUUCUCAACAACUUCUGCAUUAACAGAUUGGAGUAGUGUAUUUUAUUCGCUAAUUUAUACUUCCGUCCCCACUAUAAUUGUUGGUAUUCUUGACAAGGAUUUAAGCCAUAAGACACUUCUACAGUGUCCCAAACUUUAUGGUUCUGGGCACAGACACGAGGCUUACAAUUUUCAGCUUUUCUGGAUCGCAAUGGCUGACACAUUGUGGCAGAGUCUUGUUCUCUUUUACAUACCACUGUAUAUCUACAAGGAGAGCACAAUUGAUAUAUGGAGCAUGGGUAGCUUGUGGACAAUAUCUGUUGUUGUCCUUGUUAAUAUUCACUUGGCAAUGGACAUCCAGCGUUGGGUUGCUAUUACUCAUGCUGCUGUUUGGGGAUCGAUAAUUGCCACAUAUGCUUGCAUAUUGAUUUUGGAUUGUAUACCUGUAUUCCCCAAUUACUGGACAAUCUACCAUCUGUUCAAGUCACCUACCUAUUGGCUCACUAUUUUACUUAUAAUAGUUGUUGCAUUGCUCCCUCGCUUUCUUUUCAAGAUUGUGCGACGACAUUUUUCUCCUUCAGACAUCCAAAUAGCCCAAGAAGCUGAGAUACUGAGGAAACGGCAUGGUAAUUUGGGGUUCAAGCAUGGUGGAGGUUCUACAUAAUAAUAUGUAUAUUUACCAUUGUGGAGAAACCAACUUGCAGUGGUUUUCGUUAAGUUGACCCUCCUAUGGCUUCCCUAUGGUGUGCAGUUAUUGAUUUUGGCCGUGAGGUACAAAAGCUGAUCUUGCCCCAGCUCGUGAAAGAAAAGGCGAGAUCACAUCGUUUGGCAAAGCCAAUCGUUGUGGGUAAUAGGAAGGGAAGAUGACUGUCUAUUCCAAGGAGAAAAAUGGUUGGUGGUGGUAGAAAAUGACAUUUGGAUGAUGAACUUGGGAGGUAAAGGUGACAAAGAAGAUGACAAGAGGGCUCUCGGGAAAUUUGGUUUGACAUAUGUGGUGGGGUUUUUUUUUUUUUUGUUAAAAUAUGGGGCUACCGUAGAAGAAUUAGGAAUGAUAUGUCAGGGAUCUGAAAAAGGCCCAGUGUUGUGCGCUUGUCAAAAGAGAAGUAUUGUAGACAAGUACAUAAUAAUGGAGUUUUGUAAAGAUCAUUAUUGACAUUUUUCUUGUUUAUAGAUAUGACAGAAAUGGAUUGAAAAAUCAGGGUUGAUAACAA